CACACACAUCACGCAUUGUGUGUAAUGAUAAAUAUAAACGAAUUUUCAAGUAGAUAAGUUAGCUAACAGGUUAAGAAGAUUGUUUAUCUGAACACUACGUACUGAGAUGGAGCUUGUGAAUAGCCAAAAGCUAAAACAACAUGAGCAGCAACAGCAUUUUCAUGUGUUGGUGGUAGAUGAUAGUGUCAUAGAUAGGAAGCUUUUGGAGAGGCUCCUAAGAGAUUCUUCAUGCAAAGCUACCUUUGUGGAUUCUGGAGACAAGGCUUUGAAAUUUCUUGGCCUGCUUGAUGAUGACCUUGAUAAUUCUUCCUCAACUUCUUCGGAAUCAUUGCAACUAAACGGAAUCAAAGUGAAUAUGAUCAUGACAGACUACUGCAUGCCAGGAAUGAGUGGCUAUGAUUUACUCAAACGAAUCAAGGGAUCUUCUUGGAAAGAUGUGCCCGUGGUCAUAAUGUCAUCAGAAAACGUACCAUCUAGAAUCAGCAUGUGCUUGGAAGGAGGGGCAGAGAAGUUUCUAUUGAAGCCUCUUCAGCAAUCAGAUUUAGAAAAGCUUCAGCCAUGCUUUCUCAAAUCCUCUGAUAAUUCUAGUGAACAAGACCAAUCUGCUGAAAGAUCUGUAGCUUCUCACGAUAAUGACAAUUAUAUCGAUACCAUUAAGGCAUUGUGUCCGGAGCAUGGUUUUAAACUGCAAUUUGUAUCGACAAUUGCAACUACAAUAUUGCGAUUUUGGAAGUCUCUAUAGUUGCUACACAAUUAUAUAUGUAAUUGUGUCAAGUACAUUUUCCAGUAAUUGUACACAGUUUGUUUCUGUAACACAUAACUGUCACAAUUUAAAAUUACAUGUAAGACAUCACCAAAGUUUAACUCAAUUAUUUGAGUAGGAAUGUAUGAGUUAUUAUAAACCCACAAACAUUAUUUUU